GACGAUUAUAUAUAGUUGUAUUAGUAGGAGUUAAUGAGUUAAAAAUACAAAGAUAUCUGGCUCAAGUUUGUUGAAUUUUUCUACGUCGUCGUCUCGUACCUCACAGUUGGAAGACAUCCUGAUUUCAUUAAUCUCUGUCAUUGCAUUGUAACAUUGGGUACGGUAAUCUCCAAUCUCUUGUGGUGGUUUAUUAUACUAUUUAAAUUAUAAAACAGUGCCACCACACCAUCAUCAUGGACAAUGGUCUUCAAUUAUUUACUUUUGAAGUGGCAAUGGAGGUUGCCAAUAAAGUGGGAGGAAUAUAUACAGUUCUGAGGACAAAGGCUGGAGUAACAGUUGAUGAGCUCGGAGAGGAUUACUGCAUGGUUGGGAUUGCCAAUGAAAAGUUCGUAGCUAUGGAAGUUGAGAAAAUGGAAUUCGCACAGCCUGCGUUGAGGGGAGCAGUCGAAGAAAUGAGGAAUCAAAAUUUUGGGGUGAUUUCAGGAAGAUGGUUGAUUGAAGGUUAUCCUAAGGUUAUACUGUUUGAUCUUGAUACUGCAUACAGAGAGUUGACCAGUUGGAAAUGGGAUUUUUUCGACAAAACUAAUAUUGGAAUACCAGAUCAUGAUCAUGAAUCACACAGAGCAAUAUUGUUUGGAUUUCUUACUGUCGCUUUGCUUGGACUUUUCAGAGAGAGGUGCGGUCCAAAUCCCGUUGUUAUUUCACAUUUCCACGAAUGGUUGGCUGGUGUAGGACUUGUAAUGACGAGGGCAAGGCAGAUUGAUGUUUCAACUAUAUUCACAACACAUGCUACUCUCCUUGGAAGAUAUCUUUGUGCAGCAAAUAUAGAUUUUUAUAACAAUUUAGACAAGUUUCAUGUUGAUAAAGAAGCAGGAGAUCGACAAAUUUAUCACAGAUAUUGUAUGGAAAGAGCGGCCGCCAAUGCUGCUCAUGUCUUUACCACUGUAUCUGCUAUCACUGCAUUUGAAGCUCAUCAUCUGUUAAAAAGAAGGCCAGAUUUGAUCCUUCCAAAUGGUUUGAACAUUAAAGAUACACAAUGCAUUCAUGAGUUCCAGAAUCUCCAUGCAGUUUCAAAAGAAAAAAUUCAUAAUUUUGUACGCGGCCAUUUCUAUGGCCAUUUUGAUUUGGAUCUGGACAAAACGUUAUAUCUAUUCAUUGCUGGUAGAUAUGAAUACACAAACAAAGGUGCCGAUGUUUUUAUUGAAGCUUUAGCAAGACUCAAUCAUAGGAUGAAGCAAGCUGGAUCUGAUGUUACAUUUGUUGCUUUCCUCAUCUUUCCUGGUGCUACAAACAAUUUCAAUAUUGAAAGUUUGAAAGGUCAAGCAGUCGUUAGACAACUCAGAGAGAGUGUUAAUGUUAUCAAGGAAACCAUAGCUGAAAAAGUUUUUGAUAAAUGUUUGAGAGGUAAUCUACCAACGAAUGAUGAAUUGUUGUCGAGAGAUGAAAUUAUUACUUUGAAAAGAUGUAUGUACGCUAAUCAAUGCAGAACUCUUCCUCCUAUUGUCACUCACAAUAUACUCAAUGAUGGGGAGGAUCCGAUUCUGAAUCAACUUCGUUCCGUUCAACUGUUCAACAAGAAAGAAGACAGAGUAAAAGUUAUAUUUCAUCCUGAGUUUUUAAACCAAACUAGUCCUCUUCUACCCAUGGAUUAUGAUGAUUUUGUUAGGGGUUGUCAUAUGGGCGUAUUCCCAUCUUAUUAUGAACCCUGGGGUUAUACUCCGGCUGAAUGUGCUGUAAAAGGAAUUCCAAGCAUUACAACAAAUUUGAGCGGGUUUGGUUGUUUUAUGGAAUCUCAUCUAAAUGAUCCACAGGCAUAUGGAAUUUAUAUCAUGGACAGAAGAUUUAUGUCUCCUGAUUCAUCAUGCAAUCAACUAGUUGAUUUUCUAUUCAGUUUUUCACAAAUGACGAGACGGGAAAGAAUUAUUCAGAGGAAUAGAACAGAGCGACUCAGCGAAUUGCUUGAUUGGGGAAGAUUGGGAAUGUAUUAUACAAACGCUAGAAGACUUGCAAUUGAACGCACGCAUCCUGAGUUUUUGGAAAGAGGUCCUGGAUUUGUAUCUUCUCAUUCACCAGCUGGAUCAGUCAGAUUGCCUCGUCCUUAUUCUGCUCCUGGUUCACCGUUUGGUUCUCGGCCAACUUCUCCUCAUCCAUCCGAAGAUGAUGAUGAUGAAAGAAAAUUUGUGCCCUAUGAUGAAGCAGACAGUGGUUUAACAUUGAGAAGUAACAUUCAUUCAAUCGAUACAGAAAGUACAGGAAAUUCAGAAGUCAAUUCAAAUGAUUUAGAAUCACUUUCAAAACUAUCUGUCUCUUAGCUACAAAGCAGGAACUCGACAGAGCGAACAGAGACAGAAUUUUGAUAUGCAUGACAGAGCACACAUAUAUGUAGACCUCAAUUGCUUGAUUAUUAAUUCCUUCCAUCACCUAUAUUUCAUUUGAAAUAAUAACGUUGGUGCAGCAUUUUGUGCCGUCACAACACAUGAUCAAGUUGAAUUUUUGAUAUAGUUGUGGCAGUUUUUGUGAUUGCUACAAGUACUUUUCUCAUUUGUGAUUUUACUUGCAAAUGGAUUCUAUAUAUUGUAUUUGAAAAACAGUAUCAUGGGAAAGCAUGAGUCAUUAUUUUCAAAUACUCAUAAGACGUAUGAAACUGACUAUGCUUGAUGAAUUUUGACUAAAAUUUCAGACUAACAAAAUUUUUACUCUCAAAAGUUUUUGGUAUUCCUAUUUAGGUAGUUUCAGCUGAAAGGUUUACCACAAAAUCCUGGUUUUUCCCAAAUACUUGGGAAUAUGCCCAACUCUGAUUCCAAAUCCUGAAUUGCUUAAUAGUCAUGGUAGAAAUCUCAAUACAGGGUGGCCAUAAAGUCACACACCGAGGUAGGAAUCAGAAAUCCAGAGUUCACCAUCCACUUUAUCAUUGCUAUCAAUCAUUGUCAAGCAAUUUUCAGUUCAUUAAUGCUUUUCUCAAAUGGUUACAAUACUGUUUCGCUGUAUAUUUAUUUGAAAUUUUGUUAUUUUGCUAAAUUUUAAAAAGACUAUACAUUUACGAACAAAGAAGAAAUCUCAGCACUAAAUAGGCUUGUUUAAAACUGUGUAGGGUACCUACACUCAAUAUUAUUUAAUUCUGUAAAUUUUCGUCUUCUAUAAAUAAAUGUGUGAUCUAAUUGUAAUAUCACUUAUGUUUUGGCAAGGAGAUUGUUAUAUUGAAUUAUAAAAAAUAUUUUUCUAGAUAUGGAUUUUUGUAACUAAAAUCUUUAUAGACUACCCAUGAACUAGAUCAUUUAUGUUGCAGCUUUUUACCUUUUCAUAUCAAUGUGUUAUUUACCCAGAAUCAGACAGUGUCGUUAUUAAUUUAUCAUUAUUGCAUUUGUUGAUCAAUGUUGCUUCAAAGUUCACAGUCUUUAUUAAUUGAUAUAUAUUACGAUGUUUAGUAUAUAUUUAAAUUUAAAACAGUGGAUCUCGAACUUUUUAAGCCGCACCCCCUUUUUAGAAUACGUCAAGUCUCGCACCCCACCUCAUAAAUAGAUAGCUAACCAUAAGCUACAAUAACAGAUAGUAUGGCGAAAAUAAAAGACAUAUUGAAAAUAUGUGGAUGGAAUUGAAAUCUUCAAACAAUAAAGAAAUGUAAAUAUCCAAAAUAAGGCGGACAUGAUUAAAUCUAACAAAUAAGAGGUGAUAAACGCCGCUGUUCCGAAGUGGAAAAACUGUCCUGUAGAGUCUCGUACAAUGUGCACAUUAUCGUCAUGGAUCUACAUUCUACAGGGUUACUUGAGUGGCACAUAGAGAUGCCUUUCAGUUACUGUACCAGAAAAUAUUGAGGGCUCCCGCUGUCCCUGGCCAUUUC